AUGGCUUUCCCCAUCGAGCCCUAUCAAAUCUCAAUUUCUGACGAGCGCAUCGCCGACCUAAAUGACAAGCUCGAUAAUGCUCACUUUCCCGACGAGCUCGACGCAGCCGAGUGGGACCUCGGUGCUCCUCUUGCGGAUGUGCAACGACUCACGAAGUACUGGCGCAAUGACUUCAGCUGGCGACAGGCGGAGAAGAAGCUAAAUCAGCUCCCAUCGUUCGUGACUUCCAUUCAAUGCGAAGGUUAUGAGAGUCUUCGAAUCCACUUCCUUCACAAGAAGAGCAAUAUCAAGGGUGCUAUUCCGUUGAUCUUUGUCCAUGGCUGGCCCGGAAAUUUCCUCGAGGCCACAAAGAUUAUAGACUCCCUGACCAAUCCCGGUGAAGGGCAAGUUGCCUUUGACGUGGUGGCGCCAUCACUGCCAAACUAUGGUUUCUCAGAGGGAAGCAAGAAACGCGGCUUCUCCAUGGAUCAAUAUGCAGAGACGUGCCACAAACUGAUGAUUCGACUUGGCUAUAAUCAAUACGUCACCCAGGGCGGGGACUGGGGCUACAGCAUCACCCGCGCAAUGUCAAUCUUAUUCCCCGGCCACGCCAAAGCCACACACUUCAACAUGGAUGUUGGUGUGGCGCCCGAAUUCUUGAAGAACCCAAUACUCGCCGCAGAGAACGCGCUGGUCCCUCUCACCAAGCGAGAAAAGGACGGCAUCGACCGCUCGGAGUGGUUUAUGAAGGAAGGCUUUGGCUACAACCUACUCCAACGCACGAAACCCCAGACCAUCGGGUACGCACUGGCCGACAGUCCCGUCGCACUCCUCGCCUGGAUCUACGAAAAACUCCACGACUGGACCGACUCGUACCCUUGGACCGACGAGGAAGUCUGCACCUGGAUCAGCAUCUACUGGUUCAGCACCGCCGGACCCGCAGCCAACGUCAGGAUCUAUUACGAAAACGGUCGCAGCGGCUUUUGGGGCAAGAGACUCAGUCGCCGAGAAAUCAUCUCAUGGGUCUCGAACGUCAAGAUUGGCAUCAGCCACUUCCCGAGAGACAUCUCUGUCUUGCGGAGUACCUGGACAAGGACGGUCGGGAAUUGCGUCUUUGAGAAGGAGCAUGCAAGUGGUGGCCAUUUCGCCGCUUGGGAACGCCCACAGGAGAUCGUGGAAGAUCUGCGAGAAAUGUUUGGCAAACGCGGUGGUGCUUAUAACGUGGUUUCAGGACGUAGUGGGUAUGGACCUUUGGCUUCUCAGUUGUGA